AUGGCUGUCACACAAUCACCUCUUGACCUUCUCCUGUCAAGUUGUCUUCGUGAGCCUUCUCUAGACGCUGAAUUUUAUAUCCCGCGCUUUCAAAACCGCCUCACUAUCGUUGAUACCUGGUCGAUUCAAGCUGGGCAACAUCUCCUAGAUAUUGGCUGCGGCCAAGGUGAAUCAUCUCUUGCUCUCGCUCUGGCAGUUUCGUCACAGGGCCACAUCACGGCGCUCGACCCUGCUCAGCCCGAAUACGGAACGCCAUUCACUGUGGCUGAAUCCCAUUCAUACAUCUUAAAGUCCUCCCUUGGACCACACAUUUCUUUCCGUCAAUCUGAUGUACCAUCUUUCUUCACCAACAUGAAACCAGCAGUUGCGAGAGUCUAUGACGGGGCUUGUCUUCUGCAAAGCUUAAUGUAUUUCCCCACCCUUGAUAGCGUGCGAGACUUGUUUCAAACACUAGCCCAUGCAGGGAUUAUCAAAGUUUAUGUGGCGGAAUAUACAUUCACUGCUGCUAAUGAAGCUCAGAUGCCGCAGGCAAUAACUUCAGAAGUAAGGUUCUUGCUUCGGGAUUGA